AAAGAGAGAGAGAGAGAGAGGGAGAAGGAAACGACUCGCUCUUCGCUCACUGCGUGGUCGUCGUGUCCCUCUCCGGUCCUCCAAGAAAGGGGUCAGAAGUGCUCACCUACUCGCUGUUCCUCCUCGUCUUCCCCCAUCCCCGCCUUGCGCGCUCGCGAUCCUGGCUUGUUCCUCGGUCUUUAUCUCGGGAGAUAAUUUCUCUCGAUAGAGGUGUUGCGUCUAGAUGUAGUGGAUUCGGAGGUAAUCAACUCGGUUUUGUCGGUAAUUCUUGAAACAGGCGGAAAAGUGGUGCCUCGAUUCUUGUUGAUUUCGUCUCACUUUGUGGCUGUGCGUGUGGAUUUGGUCGAAAGUUGAGAUUUUGUGUAUAAGACGAAGCGAAAACUGGAUUGAUCUGGUUCUAGGUUCUUGGGACUUGCAUUGAAGCUCGAAUGCUGGGGUCUGUGUGAAGAUUGGGGCUUGGCUCAUCGGAACGGGUUUGUCCGGAUCAGAGAUGUUGGAAGGCCCCAGAUUUCCUGGAAUCAUGGGUAGCGUUGGAGGGAUCGACAACGGAAGCAGCUUCUAUGAUAUGGCGUACUAUCGGAAGCUCGGGGAGGGCUCAAACAUGUCGAUUGAUAGCAUCAACAGCAUGCAGACUAGCGUCAAUGGUGGAUCCAUGGCUAUGUCAAGGGACGCCAGUAGCGUUGGGUCGAGUGACUCGCGUACCGGCAUCCUCAACCACCCCGGUCUCCGCCAGAUUGCCACCCCGAAUUACUCUGUUGACCACAGUGUCGCCCGACCUGGCAGGGUUAACCCGGGGCUGACUGGUGAUGCGUUGGUACAUGCCCUGUUGGACAUGCGACACCCCACGGAGACUCUGCAGGGUUAUGAGGAGUGGACCAUUGAUCUUAACAAGCUCAAUAUAGGUCUGCCCUUUGCUCAAGGGGCUUUUGGGAAGCUCUACAAGGGUACCUACAAUGGAGAAGAUGUAGCUAUUAAGCUGCUGGAGAGGCCAGAUAAUGACCUAGAAAGAGCACAAUUGAUGGAGCAGCAGUUUGUGCAGGAGGUUAUGAUGCUGGCCACUCUGAAGCAUCCCAAUAUUGUGAGGUUGAUCGGGGCUUGUAGGAAGCCUGUUGUGUGGUGCAUUGUAACUGAGUAUGCUAAGGGUGGUUCCGUGAGGCAGUUCUUGAUGAAGAGACAGAACAGGUCAGUGCCACUUAGGCUUGCAGUAAGACAGGCUCUUGACGUCGCAAGGGGAAUGGCCUACGUUCAUGGGCUAGGUUUCAUUCACAGGGAUCUCAAGUCAGACAAUCUUCUGAUUUUCACAGACAAAUCAAUAAAGAUUGCUGAUUUUGGAGUGGCUCGUAUCGAGGUGAAAACUGAAGGGAUGACGCCGGAGACUGGAACUUACCGUUGGAUGGCUCCAGAGAUGAUCCAGCAUAGACCAUACGAUCACAAAGUUGAUGUUUACAGUUUUGGCAUUGUGUUGUGGGAGCUUAUAACUGGUAUGCUUCCCUUCCAGAACAUGACAGCUGUGCAGGCAGCAUUUGCUGUCGUUAACAAGGGUGUCCGACCGAUCAUACCGCAUGAUUGCCUUCCGGUGCUUGGCGAGAUAAUGACCCGCUGCUGGGACGCAAACCCUGAUGUGCGUCCUCCCUUCACAGAGGUUGUUAGAAUGCUGGAGACUGCAGAGAUGGAGAUCGUAAGCACUGUCCGAAAGGCUCGAUUUAGAUGUUGCAUGUCCGAACCGAUGACCACAGACUGAAAUUGGAAACAGGUUCAUGAAAGUUACUAGAGAUAGAAUGAAGGCAGCCAAUCAACGGACUGGUUAAAGUAGAAAAAUUUGUUCUGUAUGUGGAUUUUAUUUGCCCGGCCUUUGCAGAAAUAUUUACGAUUAAGAUAAAUCUGUUUUUUUGUUGGCAGCUCUGCCUGUGUUUAGUUCAUGGCUUCUCUGUGAAAUGAAGGUGUUUCACUCUUAUGGUCA